AUGGCAACUGCAGAAGGUAAAGGAAUCGGGGAACGAAAGGACGCGAAUCGGGAAACAGCGGGGUAUGAGCACCUCAGGAAGAGAAAUGGUUGUGAGAGUAACAUGGAGGCUGGAUUGAUCGAUGUAAUACGGCGUACAUUUGUCCGGUCAUCACAAGGUAUGAUGAUUGCUGCUGUUGUUGCAAAAGCGAGAAGUGCAAAAUCCAUUACGGUAGACUAUGUCGACAAGACAGAUACAUGGACGCGUCCAACCAACUAUCCUUCAACCAACGUCAAAGCGGAGUUUUCCCAGGUCGUUGAGGACAACGCCAGCUCCCUCCACGAUGACACAGCUAAAGUUGCUAUGAAGGAGUCUGAACAUCAGAGUGACAAGGAUAAGCGGAAGCAUUACACUGCCUUUGAAUUAAACCAGGAUGGCAAGGUUAUCAAGGUUUCUCACUUUGUCAAGGUCAUCUAG